AUGGAGUUGCAAAUCAAGGUAGCGCAGGCUGUUCAAGUUCUGAAUCACGACGCCCAGUCCUGCAACCGGGUGGCUGCUAAUCAGUGGCUCGUUCAGUUUCAGCAGACCGGCUGUGCUUGGGAGGUUGCGACGUCCAUCCUCACCACCGAUCACCUUCACCGUCAUCUUCCUUCUCUGGUCUCCAAUUCAGAAGUCGAGUUCUUUGCCGCCCAGAUUCUGAAACGAAAGAUCCAUAGCGAAGGACAUUACUUACAAUCUGGGCCUAAACGUGCUCUGCUGAAUGCUCUACUUUUGGCUGCAAAAAGAUUUAGUGCUGGUCCUCCCCAGCUUUUAACACAAAUAUGUCUUGCACUUGCUGCCCUUAUUCUUUCUUCUGUCGACGAUGAGAAACCCAUCGAGCAGCUAUUUUACAGUCUGCAGACUCUGCAGAAUGACGAUGAUGGUAAUGUUGCUGUUUUGGAGAUGCUCACUGUUCUUCCAGAAGAAGUUGCUGACACGCGAAGUACUGAUAGUAGUAUAAGUUUCUUCCAAAGAAGCCAAUAUGGCCAAGAGCUUCUUUCACGCACUCCUAUGGUACUCGAGUUUUUGCUAGAACAAACUCUGAAGAAGUACAACGGUAUUGUCCAACUACAUGAGAGGGAUAGGAAGAUUCUUCGUUGCUUGCUAAGUUGGGUGCGAGCUGGAUGCUUCUCAGAUAUUUCACAGGACUCAUUACCGACACAUCCGCUUCUUAAUUUUGUCUUCAACUCUUUACAGGUUUCAUCCUCAUUUGAUUUAGCAAUUGAAGUCCUCAUAGAGCUUGCAAGUCGGCAUGAGGGACUACAACAGAUUCUGUUAUACAGAAUUCAUUUUCUUAAGGAUGUGCUUCUUCUUUCUGCUAUUAAUAAUGGGGAUGAGAAAGUGAUUAGUGGUCUUGCAUGCUUGAUGUCAGAAAUUGGACAGGCGGCUCCAUCUCUCAUUGUUGAGGCUAGUGUUGAAGCUCUAGCGUUGGCUGAUGGACUAUUAAGGUGUGUGGGAUAUCCAAGUGAAGACUGGGAAAUUGCAGAUUCAACAUUGCAAUUCUGGUCUAGUCUUGCAAGCUAUAUACUUGGCCUUGAUGCUAGUGGUGCGGUAGACAAGAAACAUGUGGAAGCCAUUUUCUCCUCCAUCUUCUUAACAUUGGUUGAUGCACUUUUAUUGCGAGCCCAGGUUGACGAAGCAACAUUUAAUGACCGGAGUGGUGUUCUUGAACUACCUGAUGGUCUUGUCCAUUUCAGGAUGAAUCUUGUUGAACUUAUGGUGGACAUGUGUCAGCUUGUAAGACCUCCCCGAUUUGUGCAAAAGCUCCUUUUUGGUGCCUGGCCACCAGCAAAUGUAAUAAUUCCUUGGAAAGAGGUGGAAACUAAAUUGUUUGCUCUUAAUGUGGUUUCUGAAGUAGUCUUGCUGGAAGGCCAGAUGUUUGAUAUCUCUUCCAUCAUGCAAUUAGUCACGAUGUUAUCCACUUGGCCUGUAGAUGACCUCAGUGGAUUCAUGGGCGUGGUACGCAGAUCACUAACAGAUGUUGUUGGUUCCUACUCCAAGUGGAUAUCUGCUUCUCCAGCGAAUUCCAGACCCUUGCUAUUAUUUCUUGCUGCAGGGAUUUCAGAGAAUCAUUCCUCAACUGCUUGUACGUCUGCCCUACGUAGAUUUUGUGAAGAAUCUUCACCUGUAAUUUAUGAACCUGCGAAUUUGGAAAUACUUGUAUGGGUAGGAGAGGCUUUGGAGAAGAGGCACUUACCUUUAGAUGAUGAAGAAGAAGUAAUAAGUGCAAUAAGCUCAAUCCUUGGUUCCGUACCAAAUGAAGAACUAAAGUACAACUUGUUGGCUAGAUUGCUCUCCUCGAGCUAUGAUGCCUUAAGAAAACUUAUUAAUGAAGAUGGUGAACAUUCUUAUAGACAAAAUCCAGCUACUUAUACUCAGCUUUUGAAUGGGGCAGCGAGAGGAUUACAUAGAAUAGGAAUUGUAUUUGCUCAACUUGCAAUGUCAAAACCCAAUGGGCCAGCUACAGAUGACCCUUCAAUAAGGUUGCUACGGGUGUUCUGGCCCAUGUUGGAGAAGAUUUUCAGAUCCAAAUACAUGGAAAACAGUAACUUGUCUGCGGCAGCUUGUCGUGCGCUUUCCCUUGCAAUUCAAUCGUCUGGGCAACAGUUUCUAGUUCUACUGCCGAGUGUUUUAGAUUGCCUGUCAACAAAUUUUCUGGCCUUCCAAAAUCAUGAAUGUUACAUUAGGACAGCUUCCAUUGUUAUUGAAGAAUUCAGCCAUAUGGAGGAGUACGGUCAUCUGUUUAUCAGAACCUUUGAAAGGUUUACUCAAGCAGCAUCUGUGAUGGGUCUGAAUUCAUCAUAUAUCUGUGACCAAGAGCCUGAUUUGGUGGAAGCCUAUGCCAAUUUUGCAUCCAUGUUUGUCCGAAGCUGUCCUAAGAAAGUUUUAGCUGCAUCUGGGUCACUCCUUGAAGUUUCAUUCCAAAAGGCUGCUAUAUGCUGCACAGCCAUGCACCGUGGAUCAGCGUUGGCUGCAAUAUCAUAUUUAUCAUGUUUCUUGGAGGUUACCCUUGAUGUUAUGCUGGAAUCCAUCAACUCUAUGCCUGAGGGAUCAUAUUGUUGCAUUGCAAUUCAGCUCAUAGCUCGUAGAGGUGAAGGGCUAGUAUCAAAUAUUGUUUAUGCUUUGCUUGGUGUUUCAGCAAUGUCUCGGGUUCACAAGUGUGCAACCGUGUUGCACCAAUUGGCUGCGAUUUGCAGGUGUUGUGAUAGAACAAUUUGGAAUGCUAUGCUCUGCUGGGAUUCAUUGCAAGGAUGGCUGCAUUCAGCGGUGCAUAGCCUUCCAGUGGAGUAUCUAAAGCCAGGAGAAGAUGAUACAUUGGUUCCAGUUUGGUUGGACGCUUUGGCUGGGGCUGCAGCCGACUAUCUUGACAGCAAGAGUUCCAAGGGUGUUGAGAACAAUUAUGGGCAUAUGCAAGGGAAAGGUGGAAGAGUCCUCAAGCGUAUAAUUCGAGAAUUUGCUGAUAGUCACCGCUGUGCCUUGACCCAAAUUUGA